UGUUUUAUUCGAAAUAUGUUCCGAUGUGAAAAAUUCAAUUCGGUUUUGUGUUUUUGUGGCAUGAAAUUUAUAACGUUCUCGUUAGCAUGGAAGUGCUGUAAAUACUUCAAAGUGAAGUACAAACGAGCGACCCGGGAGUUGACCGCAGCCGUGUCAUCCAUUCACGCUACGACGCAGAUAAACAAUCAUAAAGGUGGUAGUCCGCCGAGGCUUAGAUUCCGCCCCGAUGGCCGCAUUAUCGGAGGAGACGUGGCCACAAUUGAAGACAAUCCUUGGCAAGUUUCCUUGGAAGCUUUCGGUAUUCAUAACUGUGGUGGUUCCAUUAUUUCUCCAAACACGAUUUUAACAGCAGCUCACUGCAUUGAUGGCGUAAUUUCACUCUUCUACGAAGUCGUUUCAGGAACCGCCGACUUGCUCCAAAACACGACGCGAAGCAAAGUCAAAGAAGCAAUAGUACAUGAAAACUACGACAAUCUAAGUCACGAUGUUGCUCUUAUUAUUCUAGCGGAAAACUUGACAUUUAGCGACACCACUCAAGCAAUUCCCCUGGGAGACGAAGAACCAGUGGCUGGUGACAAGGUUUCUGUUUCAGGUUGGGGGAUUUUAAACGAUGGCGAUAUUAUAACUCCGAAUAUUCUCCAUUCUGUUAACGUUACAAUAGUGGGUCGGGAGGAAUGCGCUACAGAUUAUGCAAACGUUGAAGGUGCACACAUUGACGAUACUAUGGUCUGUGCUGGAGUUCCCGAGGGAGGCAAGGAUGCCUGUUCUGGGGAUUCGGGAGGUCCUUUAACCAAAAACGGGAUUUUAGUCGGGAUAGUUUCAUGGGGACUGGGGUGCGCACUUCCUGGGUACCCAGGAGUUUAUACAAACGUGGCUUCAGUGAGGGAAUGGAUACGGAACAAUACUGGAAUAAUUAUCUGUUUCCUGUUAUUUUACAAGAUUAGGAAACAGCGACUUAAUGUACACCUACAGGUGAUAUAUGAUAAGUAUGAUAGAUCCGUAGCUUCACAGUGGAUUUAUCAAUUAGUUGGUGCAGUUGAUUGUGAAGUUAUUCGCAAAAUGCACGUCUUCUUUUUGUUUUUAACAAGUCUGCUUGUUACAAACGCCCACGUUCAGGUGUUCAAGCCUCAGAUCGAUGUUCGAAUCGUUGGUGGUCAUGCCACCACCAUCGAAGAACACCCACACCAAGUUUCAGUGAUUUACAUUGAUAGUCACUACUGUGGCGGUUCUAUUAUCCACACUAGAUUUAUUCUAACUGCGGCUCAUUGCACCUACCAACUUACAGCUGAAGAUUUGCUAGUUCGUGCUGGCUCCACUAUGGUAAAUUCCGGUGGGCAAGUGCGCGGAGUCGCCCAGAUUUUUCAACACAAAAACUUUGAUAUUGAUACUUACGACUAUGACAUUUCGGUACUGAAAUUGUCCGAGAGUUUGGUUUUAGGGAGUGGAGUUGCAGUGAUUCCGCUCCCUGAGGAUGGUAGUACUGUUCCUGGGGACCUUCUGGGAACAGCGACUGGGUGGGGGAGACUUUCUGAAAAUGGGCCUCUUCCUGUGGAGCUACAAGAAGUUGACUUGCCCACUAUUCAGGAUAAUGUCUGUGCAUUGAUGUACGGGGAUAGGCUGACUGAGAGGAUGUUUUGUGCGGGUUAUCCCAAAGGACAAAAGGACACAUGCCAAGGCGAUUCUGGAGGGCCAUACGAGUAUGAACAAAUGCUAAUAGGAAUCACGUCAUGGGGAGACGGUUGUGGUGCCGCAAAUAGUCCAGGAGUCUACACCAGAGUGUCUUAUUUCAUACAAUAUAUAGAUGAUAUUAUAAAAAACAUUCAUGGCGAUUUAAAAAUGCCAACCAUUGAUGUCCGUAUUAUUGGUGGCCAUGCUGUAGAUAUUGAAGACUAUCCUUAUCAAGUCUCAAUUAUGUACAUUGACAGUCAUAUGUGUGGCGGUUCUCUGAUUCAACCUAACUUAAUUCUAACCGCAGCACAUUGUAUCGAGGAAUUUCGACCAGAAUGGCUUUUAGUUAGAGCAGGUUCCAGUUAUCUAAAUCAAGGAGGAGAAGUGAAAUUUGUAAACAAUAUUUACAAACACAAUAGUUAUGAUAAUGUAACGAACGAUAAUGAUAUCGCUAUCCUGGAGCUUUCCGAAAAUUUGACCAUUGGGCCUAACAUUCAACUUGUGAAUUUGCCAAACGGAGACGACAGUUUUUCAGAUGGUGAAAUGGGAGCAGCUACAGGUUGGGGACGAAUUUCCGAAAAUGGCCCUAUUCCUAUUGAGUUGCAAGAAGUUGGACUACCAAUUAUGAGCGACGAAGAAUGUAGCAUGAGUUAUCAAGGACAAAUAACUGAUAAAAUGUUUUGUGCUGGAUAUGCGAAUGGAGGAAAAGAUGCAUGCCAGGGUGACUCUGGCGGCCCUUUUGUAGUCAAUGGCACUCUUGUUGGUAUAACUUCGUGGGGAAAAGGAUGUGGAAAGCCCAACAAUCCGGGUGUUUACACUAAAGUGGUCAUGUUUCUUGAUUUUAUUGAUCAGAUUGUUAACUCAGCAAAGUAAUUUUUGUAUAAUAAACCAAUAAAUUAUCUUUUGCUAAAA